AUGUUGCUAAAGUAUUUGGGAUCAAUUCUACCGGCCCACGACUGCGAAAAUCGAGUUAUGGCAAUCGCUUGGUCACCAAAUAGCUUGAAAUUAGCAGUUGCCUCCACUGAUCGCUCGAUUUACCUUUUCGAUGAUAAAGGUGUAAAGAGGGAUAGAUUCUCUACAAAACCCGUUGAUUCGAAAAAUGGUAAGAAAAGUUACUUGGUGAAAGGUAUUGCAUUCUCACCGGAAUCGACGAAAAUCGCUGUUGGUCAAACAGACAAUAUCGUCUACGUGUAUAAAAUAGGCGAAGAAUGGGGCUCAAAGAAGGUGAUUUGUAACAAGUUCCCACAGAGUUCAGCUGUAACAUGCCUGGCUUGGCCAACAGAAGGUCCAAUAAUUGUUGGCUUGGUAGACGGCAAAGUACGGGCAGCCAUCAUCAAGGCCAAUAAGGCUCAGACCCUUUACGCCGCGGAUUCCAUGACUCUCGCCCUUGCCACCAACUCCCGCGGUACUGGCUUUUUAUCGAGCCAUGCGGAUGGUAGCGUGAUUCGCUAUUACGUAUCAGAGGAUGGUACUGCGGAGACUUCGGGCCGGGUAUUGAUGCAUCCCGUAUCCGCCUACGCUCUUUCUUGGCUCCAAUCACAUAUUCUUGCUGCCGGCUGUGACAAGAAAAUUAUAUUCUAUGACUCGCGGGGCAAGAGCGUGAAAAUUGUUGAUUACAGCAGGAGCUCCGAUGAGAAGGAGAUGACCGUCGCCUGUUGCAGCCCCAGCGGACAGAGCGUCGCCGUUGGCUCUUGGGAUAAGAUAAGAAUUUUCGAUUGGAGUCCUCGGAAGAACAUUUGGGACGAAACCAAUGUAAAAAUUCUAACCAAUUUUUACACAGUUACAGCCUUAGCCUGGAGAAGAGAUGGUUCGAAGCUGGUGGUAGGCAGUUUGUGCGGUGCAGUAGAGCAGUUUGAGACGAUUCUCCGACGAACCAUCGUCCGCGGAGGCCAUGAGGUGGCAUACGUCGGGCCCAGCCAAUUGGUGAUAAGGUCACUCGAGGGUAAAGGACGUCCAGUGAUUAUUAAGUCCUUGAACGGCACCGAGAUCGAGGACGUGAAAAUUCUCGGCCGGGGUGAUAAUCGGGUUGUCGCCCGUACCGCUGUCUCCCUCCUUAUCUGCGACAUCCAGCAGAAUCUGCUCAGUGAGAUUCCCUGGGAGGAUAAAAAUGGUGGCGAGAAGUUCUUUUUCGAGUACCCGGGCGUGUGCCUAAUUUUCUAUGCGGGUGAGUUGACGAUCGUUGAAUACGGAAGGAACGAGAUCCUGGGUACGGUGCGAACCGAGUCGGUAAACCCUCAUGUGACGAGUGUACGGAUAAAUGAGCGCCAGCUCCUACCUGGGGUAGAUAACAAGAGGCUCGCCUAUCUUCUGGACUCACGGACGGUGCGUAUCAUGGAUCUGGUGACUUCGGCCACAGUUACUGUAAUUGGGCACGAUGCCCGCAUCGACUGGCUCGAGCUUAGCGAGACCGGCACUCGGCUCUUAUCACGAGAUAAGCGAAGCAGACUCUGGCUGAGCGACGAUAAGGGCGGUCACAUGCUGCUGCUCUCGGGUGCGAGCUAUGUUAGCUGGGUGGUGGGAAGCGACGUGGUGGUUGCACAGUCGGGGAUGAACCUCGUGGUCUGGUACAACGUGGACGCCCCGGACUCGAUGAAUACGAUCCCGGUGAAGGGUGACGUAAUAAAUAUCCUUCAAGAGGGUAGAAGGACGUCGGUGAUGGUGGAGGAGGCUGGCACCGAGGUUGCCUAUCUCCUCAACGAAGACCUUAUUGAGUUCGGCACCGCACUCCAUGAUAACGACUUUGGCCGGGUCGUGCUAUUUCUGGAGGAACUCGGCGACCAGCCCCACGUCGAGGCCAUGUGGGAAAACGUCGCCACUAACGCCAUGAACGAGAGAGCAAUGAUAGUUGCCGCGAGAAGUUAUGCAGCAUUGGGCGAUGUCGCAUGCUCGCGUCACCUAAAGGAGAUCGUCCAAAUUGGCGAGAAGUACGCGGAAGAGACUGGAAACGAGCCCUUUGCCAGCCCCGAUUUCUGGGCUAAAAUGUCGAUCCUCAAGGGUGACCUCAAAACCGCCGAGGCAGUUUAUCUCGAGCAGAACGAGUUGUCCAAGGCUCUGAACAUGUACCAGCGCUAUUGGCAGUGGGAGGACGCCCUCAUUCUCGCCCAAAAUCGACGCUGGUCCGGCUUGCCUCAGCUUCGGGAUAAGCAUCUUGGCUGGCUAAUGGAGAGUGGCCAGAUGGCUAAAGCUGCAUCAAUCAUCGAGGCGGAGGACUCGCGGCGCGCGGUCAAGUUGUAUUUGAAGGCGCGACGCCCGGGUCGCGCAGCCCGGCUUCUCCUUAGCCAGGACGAGCUGACGGACGAUGACAAACUCGUGACCGACGUCGUAACUGCGCUUAAGGCCACAGAUCUCAUGGAACUCGCGGGCGAAAUUUACGAGAGAAUCGGCGAUCAUCAUGCUGCGAUCGUUGCGUACAGCCAGUCAAAUAUUUAUGCACGUGCCUUAGAACUGGCGAGAAAUACAGAGCCUAAUUCGGUGGUGAAGUUGGAAAAGGAUUGGGGUAAUUAUUUGAUGUCAAGCGGACAAUACGAUGCAGCCAUUAAUCACUUCAUCGAGGCUGGAGAAACAUCGCGAGCAUUGAGCGCUGCGGUGAUGGCACUCCAAUGGAAAAAAGCACUGCAAAUAAUACAAGUGAUCGAGCCAGAGAACGAUCCGGAAUUUCGGAGCCACUGCGAACGUGUAGCGGAGCACUUCGCCUCGGUGAACGAGCUGGGGCUCGCCGAGAAAUUGUUUCUACGAGCAGGUUUAGCGCGACGAGCUGUGGAGACCUACGCCGCGGCCAAUGCCUGGCAGAAAGCUCAAGAACUCGCCCAGCGCGAGCUCGAGGCCACAGAGGCACGAGAACUGCUCGCGGGACACGCGGAGAUGCUUAAGACAGCAGGAGAUUAUCGACAUGCGGAGAUACUAUAUGCAGCCACUGAGCAGCAUGAUGAGGCCAUAGGCAUGUAUAGGCAUGCUGGGCUUAGGCAGGACAUGAUUCGUCUAGUCGCUAAAUUUAGACCAGAGCUUCUCAAAACCACUCACGCUCACCUCGCUAAGGAGUUGGUGAGCACGGGAAAGCCGAGAGAGGCUGAAGAGCACUUCCUCGGAGCCGAAGACUGGCGUGGCGCUGUCGCGGCUUAUCGUAGCGCGAAUAUGUGGGAAGACGCUUUGAGAGUCGCAGAGAAGGCGUCGGGCGAUAAGGCAGCACAACAGGUGGCACUGAUGUGGGCGCGGACCCUCGCCCCGGAGCUGGGUGCGAGGCUUUUAUCGCGAUUGGGACAUUUGGACGCUUGUCUGCAGCUGGCGAGCGAGGCUGGGCUCUUUGACUGGGCUCUCGAGAUCGUGAAGUACGGCAGCGGUGAGCAACAGAAGGACAUACACUAUCGGUACGCUAUGGCCCUUGAAGACAACGGUCGCUUUCCUGAAGCAGAGCGCGAGUUUCUCAAAGCGGGUAAAGCGAUGGAGGCCGUGCAAAUGUACAUCCAUACACGGGAUUGGCAGGCGGCGGAAGAUGUCGCGCAAAAUCAUUGCAAAGAUGGUUUGUCGCAGGUGCUCGUCGCCAAGGCGUCAGAGGCUGUUCAAGCCCUGGAUUAUGCAACUGCAGAGUCAUUGUUGCUGCGCGCACACAAACCCGAUAUCAUCAUCGACCAUUACAAGAGUGCGGGUAUGUUCUCCGAGGCGAUGCGCGUCUGCCGCGAGUACUUACCGAGUCAGGAGGCGGCUCUUCGCCGAGAGCUGGGGCAACGCGCCGGACAAUCGGACAUUGGCGAUGGGAGUACCCUCAUCGAGGAUGCGCGCCGCUGGCUCGAGCUUGGAGAAACGCAGGAGGCUCUUGACCUGCUGCUCCGGGUGUCAAGUAAUCCGAAGCCGGCGCUCGUGCUUGCUGCGGACAUCCUUCUGCACAGGGCCGGUGCGGAACUCGCGGCCCAGUUAGGGGCCGACCUAGGCUCUAAGCUCUUCGUCGUUAACGAGCAUGCCCUCGCUGCGCAGGUAUUUCUUCAAGCCAACCGUAUAAAAGAAGCGGUAAAUGCGCUGGCUGCUGCGGGCGACUGGACAAAAGCCAAACGCGUGGUUCACGAGCUCGCACCCGAUCUUGAGAUAUAUCUCGAAGACCUCUAUAGAGAGGCAAUGAUUAAGGAAGGACAGGUGGAGAAUCUCGUCCGUGUCGACGCCGAGGCGGCUAUCGAUAUGCUAGUGCGCAAGGGACAAUGGGGUCAGGCUUUCGAGACCGCCAAGGCUCAAGGUCACACGGUGCUACACAAGUACCUAGCUCAGCGAGUGGCUCAGCUUCUCAAAUCUGACAAUGUUGCAGACGCUCUGCAGCUGUACUCACAAUAUGGUGCUCCUCCGAUAAGUCAAAAUUACAAUCUCUAUUAUCACUUGAGCGAAAGAGUCCUGAAUUCGAACGAGACCCACACUGAGUACUUGUACUUAGCCAAACUUCGAAAUAUUCUACUGAGUUUGGUGAAAAGCCUCGAUGUUUCAGCCGCGUCGGUAUUGAAAAAGUUCGAGAGGAUAUUACGCGCGACCCAUUACUCGGCGGUGUACUACUCCUGCAGGGACAUUCCGCACUCCACUCUCGCAGAUCUUCCCCUUAAGACGUCUGUGUCGCUGUUGCGCUACACGGAUAUUCUCCUCGCCGACAGAUGCUAUUAUGAAGCGGGCAUGGCGGCGCGUAACGUCGGCCUCAGCAGCGAGGCGUUCGUCUUUCUCAAUCACUUUCUCGACCUAGAGGAAUGCGUCGAGGAGGGGGAUGGUAGCGUCCUAGAUAUGGAGGACCUGCGGGUGACGGAUUUUCCAUUAGAGGUGCCGCUGCCGUCAUCGCUGAGCCUCGAUCGAAACCAACGCGAAGAAGUGCGCGAAUGGGUGCUAACGGUGUCGAUGGACCAGCGGGUAGACCAAGGUCUGCCUUUGGAUCAGCGAGGCGUCUACGUCGGCUCCCUGUCGAGUCACGCGGACUCAAGCACGAGCCCUCUGCCGGAGUGUGUCCUAACAGGAUAUCCGGUGCGCGGAUCCUCCGUGCAAUUCGACGGAAGCCGAGGAGUCGCUGCCCGGGACGAUUGGAACAAGUUCAUCACUGUGGCGCGUCAAAGUCCUUCUGACUCGGACCUCAACGAUGUGCUCGCCUUCAUCCAGGAUUGGUGCGGCACCGCACCAAGUUAUGUUUUUUAAGAGUGCCGUUGCGGUUAUAGAAUCAACAAUAACAAACGCACAAUUGAAUUGGGUGGAAAAUAGU